CGGCCGACGCCCCUGAGCAACGGCCGCGGCGCCUUCUCGAGCUCGCUGGCGGAGUACGUGCUCGCGGCCGCGCUCCACUUCAACAAACAACUGCCCCGGUGCGCGAGGAACCGCGACGCGAAGCGAUGGGACGCCUUCACCAUGGACGUCCUCGCGGGCAAGACCAUGGGCUUCGUGGGCUGGGGCCACAUCGCCAAGACGUCGGCGCGGCUGGCCGAGGCCUUCGGGAUGAAGACGAUCGCGUGCCGCCGCGACCCGGGCAAGGCGGACGCCGACGGCGAGCCCGCGCCGGGCGCGACCUUCGGCGUCGAGGACAAGCUGGAGGUCUUCAAGCGGUCGGACUUCGUCGUGUGCUCCCUGCCGGGCACGCAGGCGACGCGGGACUUCUGCGGCGGCCCGGAGUUCGCGGCGAUGAAAAACACUGCCGUAUUCAUCAGCCUGGGCCGCGGCGCGGCCGUCGACGAGGGCGCGCUCGUCGACGCGCUGGCGACGGGCGCCAUCGCGGGCGCCGCGCUGGACGUCUACAAGGUGGAGCCGCUGCCGGAGGCGUCGGCGCUCUGGGGCCUCGGCGACAAGGUCCUGCUGACGGCGCACAACGCGGACCUCACGGCGGAC